AUGUCCGAGGCUCGUGUUUCUUCCCUGAAUUUUAGUCCACUGAAGCCCAAACAGGGUACAUGGGCCCAUAGAAACCUCCAUCUUUUUCCAAGAACACUUGUCGCCAUUGAAUGCUUAGUCGGGAGGAAAGAGAGAAUGUGGCAUACAACGUCGACUGGCAAGCUGCUCAGCCUAUCGAUCGAAGCCAUGUUUUGCUCUCCAUCCAAAAGCUUUCGGCGCUUUCCACUUGAUUUGAGUCCGCCAUGGAGCAGUCGAGAGACACGAUGCCUGUUCCAUCUACACGAGACCUCUCAUUUAGUCAUGUAUCUCGAGACAUCUCAGCCUGGGAGAAUCUAUCUUCAUCAUGUACGUGCACUUCCUUCUCAUACGCUUGAUGGAAAAAAAUCUCCUUGCGUCGAGCGCGAGUUUUCCAAGCACGGGCCUAGAGGACAGGUGGAGGAACUUCACACGCCAAACGGUCUCCAAACUGUCGAGCGUCAGGUCCUCGAGCGCAGGACACCCGACAAGCAGGCGAGGUAG